AUGUUCCGCAAGCCUAACGACGACGAUGACGACUAUUCUGGGCGAGUGGUAAAAGCGAAAAGAAUAUCGGAAAAGUAUGCUAAAAAACUGGGAAGAGAAUUCACAGCCGGAAAGGAUUUCGUUACGGCGAGCACGAAAUCUCAGGUAGAAUUUUAUGGGAAUCAGCAAGUCAAACAUGCGGACAGCAACGACAGCAAAAGCGAGUCCACCACAUUAACAGAAGACGAGCGAAACAAGAUAUCCGCAAAAAUUCUGAAAGCCGAGCUUAAAGGCGAUACCGAUUUGGUGAAGAAAUUAAAAAGAAAACUGGAAUCCGGAAAAUCUGAUUAUUCGGAACCACCGAGGUCUCGAACCAAAGAAGUUGUGAUGAUGAGGAGAGAUCGCGAAGGCAACGUUCUUCCGGCAAGUAGCAGUAGUCGUCGGGAUUCUGAUAGGCACGGUGAAGGUUCGUCGAGAAUGCGUCGUGAAUACGAGAAGUCGCAAAAUCUGGAUGAUAUGCUUCGAGAAGAGAAGACUGGAACUGCUAAAGAUCAGUUAAGGCUAUUCGAGAGGUCCAUAGUUAAAAGCUCGAAAAUCCGAAGACACGACGAUGAAAGUCUCGACGACAUCGCGGAAAUGCAAAAAGGUCGAAAGAAAGCCGACGAGAAGGACAAGAAAAAACGCGAGCGAGAAGCUAAUGUUCUAAUAAUUAAAGAAAAGGUGAAAAUGUGUCCGGACAAGUCCAUUGAGCGAGGAAUUCGUAACACUCUUACUAACUAUUGGCUCUCGCCAAGGCUGAAUGGAAUGUAG